AUGCGCGCACGCGUCGUGUACUCUCUCUUCUUCGUCACUGUCCUCGUUGUUUUUAGCGAGAGCUUUUGUUUCGCGAGUAGUACCACCACCAAAAACACUGCCGUCUCGCAGGCUUUGCAGCGGGGACGACGACGAUAUUUGUUGGAAGAAAAACCAACGGCAUCGGACGCACGCAACCAUCUUCACCGGUCGCUGUUUAUACCACCGAAAGAAGGCGAAGAAGAGAAAGAAAAAGGAGAGAAAGAAACUCAGAAGUCUGAAAAUGAAUGGCGCGGCGCGGAAACGAAAACGCUCGCGAACUUGCUCGACUUGGAGCAAAAGUAUGGGAAGAUGAUGUCUGAUUUUCGAGAACAGAAAGGAGGAGGCAUGUCGUUGGCGGAUCUCGAUCGAAUCGGAGACGAGUAUCGAGCGGCGUCGAGGGCACACCACGAAGAGCUGGAACGGGCGAAGAGCAUGCUGGGAAAGGAGGGCGGUGAUAGAGAUAGUGGUGACGAUAGACGUAGUGAUGAUAGCGAUGAGAGUACGAUCCCUCGUACCGACGGCGGUAUUGAUAAUAACGAAAACAUCGACGUGAACGACCCGGCGACUCGCGAGCGAUUUUUUAAAGCUCGAGCGAGGAAAGAGGACGACGAGUUGAUCGUUUUCGCAGUUGGUGACACGAGAGAUCACCGAAGAGUGACGAAAGAUCCGGCGAUUGCGACGAUUAGUACCGAUUUCGUCGCCAACGUGGCGUUGAAUUUGAAAGCGAUGGGCAUCGAACAUUACGUAGUCGUGGCGAGUUCGAAAGAGUUGUGCGAGACGUUAAAAACGAGAUACGCGGAAGUGUUCGGGGAAUACGGUUCGUGCGGGUUCUCUACCGCGUAUACCGAGAACGCGCAGCAGCUGGAAAAGUGGAACUUAAAAGUAGGCGAUAUGUUUUUACUCUGGAUGCAACAGUGGUUGUUCGUCUCGCAGGCGAUGGAAUAUGGUUAUAGCGUCAUGAGAGUCGAUUCAGACGUCGUAUUUUUAGAAGACCCGUAUAAGAUUAUAAACGGGCCUUUGAUGUCUCCGUUUCGGGUGAUUUCGCAGACGGAUUUGUUCGCCGCGAAUACGCGGCCAAAGUGCGAUAGGAAAGUUGACAAAGCGACGUUGACGGAGGAACGAAAGCGGUACUCCGCGGCUCUCGGAAACGAUAUCGUUUUGUGCGACGACGCGGUACCAAACGCGCUCUUAAACAUUGGGUUGAUUUACUUUCGUAAGUCGACUUUAACGCCGCACAAAGAGACGGCACUGUACGAUUUUUUCGUGAAAUUGAACGGAAAGUUUCAAAGCAUUUUGGAAGAUCAAAACGCCGACGGGAACGCCGAACGAUUGCUCGAUCAACCAAUCUUUCGCGACGUUAUGAACCAAUUCUUCGUCGGAAGCUUUAAAGUUGCCACCGCUGGAGAUGGAAUGACAUCGAUGUACCAACACAACGCGUGUCCUCACGACGACGCGAAUGAGUGCGAAAUCAUUCAAAAGGAAAGAAAAGUAACCGCACUUUCGUUCGUUGAAAUCUCGAAACAGCCGAGAAACCUCGGCGACGCCAUCGUUCCGGAACUCGUUCUGGGUGCUCCGGAUUGGUUUUUCGGACGCGGUUGUCUUCGCGGCGUCGCGGAUGGUACGAAAACCGUCCGCUCUAUUCGCGAUAUGAUGACAAAAGCUAACUUAGACAAAUCCGAAUAUCCUAUUGGGAAGGACACGUGCCCGGCAAAUCCGCGCGCCGGAACGAGUAUGAGAGCGCCUGGAAAAGCCGCGAGAGGUGGCGGAUUAGUCGCGGUCCACGCCGUAUACAGCAAAGCAAAGAAACGUGUCGACGCAAUGCGCGCGUUAGGAUGGUGGCGCUUGGACGAAGACUCUACAACGACUCAAAAGGACGACGACGCGUGCGAAAACAACUCGGGUAACGCGAACGGCAUCCUCUUCACGCACACGUACUUUCGCCAAAACGAAAUCGGGUAUAAAGCGUUCGUUUGUGCUGGAAAACCGAAAGCGGUCGGACAGUGCGCCUGUUGCUCCGGCGUUCCCGAAAUUACUUUGGAAAAGGAGUUGAAGUUCAUAGAAUACGCCGCGGACGACCAAAUUCGCCCGGUCGGGAAUACGGAAAAGUUACAAAGAGUCGCGCACGGAUGCGGCGCUUUGGACGAUUUCAACGGGGGUUGGAACGAGUUUUGGAACUAA